ACUAUCAUCAAUCCGCAUCCCCAGAUCAUCUGCCGGUCCAACUCAACUUAAAAACCAUGUCAGAUUCUCUGGUAAACAGCGAUAAAAAACCGCGAUUGGCUCCAUCGAGGUUUAGUGAUGUUUCACAAGCUGCACCAAUCCCUGUCUUUGCGCUGACAGCUGCAUUCAAAGAGGACAAAAACCCUGUCAAGUACAACUUGGGAGUUGGAGCUUAUCGUACAGAUGAGAAUGAACCGUGGGUUCUGCCGGUCGUUAAAGAUGUUGAGAAGCAGAUGGCCAAUGAUGAGACACUCAAUCAUGAGUACCUCCCCGUCAUGGGGUUAGGGGACUUCACGACUGCCGCAACCAAGUUACUUCUGGGUGAAGACAGCCCUGCCAUCCUGGAAAACAGGGCAUUUGGCGUUCAGACGUUGAGUGGCACAGGGGCGUUACGUCUUGGUUUGGAGUUUCUCAUCGAACACUGCAAAUGUACGGCAGCCUAUGCUUCAGACCCUACCUGGGGUAACCAUAACAACAUCUUCAACAAGCUGAAGUAUCCAAAUGUGCGCAAGUAUCGCUACUGGCAUGCCGGGACCAAAGGCUUGGACAUCGAUGGUAUGCUAGAGGACCUGGAGAAUGCUCCGGAGGAUGCACUGAUAAUGUUGCACGCCUGUGCCCAUAAUCCAACCGGAGUAGACCCAACGCAAGAACAAUGGAAGAAGAUUGCCGAAGUGAUGAUGAGGAAAAAAUUGUUUCCAUUCUUCGAUUGUGCUUAUACCGGCUUUGCUACUGGUGAUCUUGAGCGAGACCGUUGGGCCGUGACGUAUUUCGUCAGUUUGGGGAUGGAAAUAUUCGCAAGCAUGUCAUUCGCCAAGAACUUUGGUCUCUAUAAUGAGCGUGUUGGAAACCUGGUCGUAGUCGUCAACAACACAGACACAAAGAACCCCAUCAUUUCGCAGAUGACGAGAACUGUCAGAGUCAUGUGGUCCAAUCCACCCAAUCACGGCGCUCGUAUUGUCAGCACGGUGUUGAAUAACCCUACUCUUUAUGCACAGUGGAAAGACCACAUUAAGACGAUGGCGACCCGCAUCUUUGAGAUGAGGCAGGCCUUGUACCAGAGACUUCAGACUCUUGGAACCCCUGGAACUUGGAAUCACAUCGUUGACCAGAUUGGCAUGUUCAGCUACACUGGACUCGGACCCAACCAGGUUGAUUUCUUGAGGAGUAAGCACCAUGUAUACAUCAUGAAGUCUGGUCGCGUCAACAUGUGCGCCAUCACUACGUCCAAUGUGGACUACAUCGCCAAGGCGAUCCACGAGGCAGUGUCCACAGUGUGCGAGGACCCCAAGCUGUAAGCCCCGAAAACGCCAUCGAGGGGCACAGGAAAAUGUCAAAGCUAUGCCGCAAACUUCAGAAAGGUCUUAUUAGCUAUUGAUGUUUUAUCAUGACCCAGCCAGUUUGAUAUUUGGUUUACACAAUGAAAGUUGGGUCAUAGAUUGUUUUUUUGUCAAUUAUUGCUGAUUUAUUGCCGAAAAUUAUCAAGAAAGAUAUAAUAGUCACAUAUGAAAGUGUCAGCUGAAUAAAGUGUCUAUUUGCUGAGAAAACAGCAAAAAGCUGUGCCCGGUAUUUCACUAGGACAAAGAUGCUAUGGACGGUUGCUAUUAAUAAAACUGACCAUGUAAAGUUAUCAAGUAGUUUGAUCAACAUACCUCGAAAUAACUCUCGGUACCCAUAGCAAUUGCUGUGGUGCUUGCAGCCGAAUUCACGAAACGCUAAGAUUAAUCCAAUCUAGAGUUAGGACGAGUAACUCGAUCCCAAGUCAGGACGAGGAGGAAAAAUUGCGGUGCCCUUCGAAAGCAAAGGUUAAGGCCUGGAUACAUUUUAAUAAUAGCAAUAAUUUGUUUUAUGUAACCCUACUUAUUAAGUAUGAAAUGAUAAUCCAAAAAUAUAACAUCUGAUCUGGAAAUUUUAAGUGAAAUUUAUAUUCAGUUCAAAUCAAAUAGAGAUCAAACAUGACGUAUAAUAAUAAAACACCUAUUUGUUUGUCAACAGUUUGUAUGCCAAUAUGUAUCAGUUAGAACAGUCGUCAAGAAUGCUUCAUUUAGGAUAAAAAAAAACUUAACUAUUUGUCUAGCUUGUGUGCUGUGUACACCUAAAAAUGAUGUGUAUAGAAAAUACAAUAUACAAAAAUAUAGUCUAAACUCCAUUGUUCAUUAAAGGUAGAGUCAUAGAUUGGUUUUUGUUCAUUCCAAUGUAGAUAAGACUGUCACGUGCAUAUUCAAAGUAAACCAUUGCAUACAUUAAAAAUUAUGUGAAUUAUUAAAAUGAAAAUAUAUUAAAGACACUGCACUCCUUUGGUAAUUGUCAAAUACCAGUCUUCUCACUUGGUGUAUCGCAAUAAUAUGCAUAAAAUAACAAACCCGUGAAAAUUUUAACUCAAAUAUCUGGAAGAUUGGAACAUGUGAUUUUCAAAGGAUUAAAGGCAGUAGUAGACUAAUUGGUAAUUACUCAAAAUACUGAUCGGCUUAAAACCUUACUGGGUAAUGAUCAAU